GUCUUGUAGAUCUUGGAACCGCUCUUUCCAAAAGAAGUUCUGUAGUAAUUUUUGACAUUUUUAUCUUCACCCCUCUGCUGCAAUCACUACACAGCUGUAGGAUCUCUUCUUGUAGCCUUCCUGGAGCGGGCGGAGGAGGAGAGCAGGAGGGCGGCGAGGGGCCGUAUCCUGACGCGCAGCCCGCGGGCGGGGACGGGGACGAUGAUGGAGGAGGAGGAGGAGGAAGCGGCGGGCAGCGGCGGCGGCGCGGGGCCGGGCUGCGGCUGCAAGGGGAUCCGCUCCUGCCUGCUCUGCGAGGGGCCCGCGCAGGCCGCUCCGCCCCCGCAGGGAGAAGAUAAUUUCACUUACUGUCCAGCAACAGGUUUAGCUAAAGGAAAUGAGCACUCAGAAUUUGCUGGCUGGGCAUUUCCAUUUCCAGGGGUGUUUUUGACAGAGGAGUUCAUUAGUGAAGAGGAAGAAUCGGAGAUGGUUGAACUGAUGGACCGAGAUGAAUGGAAGCCAUCACAGUCUGGCCGAAAGAAACAGGACUAUGGACCCAAAGUGAACUUCAAGAAGCAGAGGUUGAAAGCUGGUAGCUUUACCGGUUUGCCAAGUUUUAGUAAGAAGACUGUGACACAAAUGAGGGCUUGCUCUGUACUAGGUGAUUUCUUACCUGUUGAACAAUGUAAUCUGGACUACAGGCCAGAAAGAGGUUCUGCCAUCGACCCACAUUUUGAUGACUGGUGGCUUUGGGGAGAGCGUCUGGUUAGCUUAAACUUGCUCUCAAAAACCGUGCUCUCCAUGUCUUGUGAUUCAGAGGACAGCAUCCAAUUAUUUCCCACUUUCAGUAAAGAAAAUGGGGAAUUAAGUCCCCCUGGAUCUCUUACAGAGACGUCAGCCUGCAAAAGUUCAAGCAAGCAGGGAACCGACUACAUUUUAUCCCCAAGGCUUGUUCCAAGUAAAGAGGUGACCGUUGCCAUUCACUUACCCAGAAGGUCCCUGGUGGUACUGUACGGUGACGCACGUUACAAGUGGAAACAUGCGAUUUACCGCAAGCAUAUAGAGCGCCGGCGAAUCUGUGUCACGUUCAGGGAGCUGUCUGCGGAGUUCAGCGCUGGAGGAAGGCAUGAGGAACUGGGUAAAGAACUGCUAGAAAUAGCGCUUUUGUUUCAAGGAAGACCGGUGUGAUCAGCAAGGGGAGGCUAGAAUUGCGUCUCGUUAGGAAAUUUGGUUUGAAAAAUAAAGUACGGUAUUUUUACAGUUCGAUUUAUUUCUGAGGUGUGCCCAAGGAACCAGGUACGUACCAAGAUAAGCUCAAUCAAAUGGCAGUUUAACAAACACAAACAAGGUGGUGCAGGGAAGGGGUGGGCCAUUUAUUUCUGUGAAGACUGUCCUGAGCAAUGGUAGCUCUUAGACAAAAUGCAUGCAUCACAUCACUCGGCAUUUACAGUUAGCUGUAUCCCUACAGCACAGGCAUCUUCUCACCCACUCCAGGUAGUUCCUUUAGAGAUGAGCUCUCGGGGGGGGCAGGUAAGCAAGCAUCUCUCCACAGACAGUACAACACACUGAGAACUAAUUAAAGUAAUUAUCCUUUGCUGAAGAUUCCUGCUCUAACAGUGAGGAUAAAUCAUAAAUCCUGUGUGUGACCUAUAUCUUCUGGGACCAGAGAGCUGCAUUUGCAGAGGGCCAGUGCUGACUCUUCUGCAGAGACAGCUUGGACAGAGUUCAGACCAGAGGCUUGCACAGACUGUGUUAUUUUCUGAUCAUUUGUCAUCUCUGAACCCUGCUGUCAGCUCUCAGUAGCAGGAGUCAGAUUUUGAGAAUAAGCUGGGCAACAGACUGCAACACCAGCAGCUAUCAUUUUUUUCCUUGGCACCUCCAGCAGUCAGAUUUGAAUCAUACCUUGUACCUAAAGAUUCAAGUAGUCAUUUGUAGCAGAAACUGAUUUGAGGCCAUCUGUCUGUUCAGAACAAACUUCUGUGCUCUUGAAAAUGAAGCUGUGCUGUGGAAGAAGCGUGAUCCUUUAGCAAACACUGUUGUGUCAUCGAAACCAUUCAGCACAGUCACACCUACAGCAAUAAAAUGACAUUUUACAA